AAGACGGUAAGCUCUGUCGCUGAAGUGAUCCAUUCCUUUUCCUGCGGGAGAUGGGUCGGGCAACGCGGUGGCUGUGGAAUCUGUGGGGUGGUAGCGAGAAGAAAAAGGAGCCGAAAAGUUACUCCAGUCACGGCGGCGAGGAGAGGAUGGAGAAGAAAAGAUGGAGCUUUCGGAGGUCCAGGGACUCCUCCGGUGACGUGGUGCUGGGCCAGAAUGCUGCCACGGCGGCCGCGAUCGAAGCCGCAUGGUUCAAGUCCUUCUACGCUGUGAAUGAGAGGGAGCAGAGCAAGCAUGCCAUUGCUGUGGCGGCGGCCACGGCCAACGCAGCGGUUGCAGCGGCGCAGGCAGCCAUGGUGGCGGCGCGUCUCACCACGCCGGGGAGGGGCGCCACGUUCAGCUUCCCCAAGGAGGAGUUGGCGGCGGUGAAGAUCCAAACAGCAUUCAGAGGCCACUUGGCGAGGAUAGCACUCCGAGCUCUGAAAGCGUUGGUCAAACUGCAAGCCUUGGUGAGAGGUUAUCUUGUUCGUAAGCAAGCCGCCGCGACUCUUCACAGCAUGCAAGCUCUCGUCAGAGCUCAGGCCACCGCACGAGCACAAAGAUACGGGAACCUCCUCCCGGACGAUAGAAGCUUUCGACCAGAAGUCCGCCAUCGGAGAUCUUUAGAACGCUUCAUCGACGCCCGAAUCGAGCACACGCCGGCGUUUCAAAGACGGAGCUUCUCGACGAGUCUUGGCGGUGCUACUCCCGACAGAAGCCCAAAAACCGUGGAGAUCGAUGUGUGCGGCCCGAGGUCGCGAUCUUCUUGUCGAGCCAUUCCCUCUGCUGUGGAUCCAGCGGAUCAUUUCUCUUCUCCAAUUCCCUGCCCGGUUCCAGCACGAGUCUCUACUCCCAGCCGCCGGAACUCCCAAGAGAACGACUGGUGUAACAGUGGCGAGAAGUGCCGGAUCUCGGCCACAGCACAGGGAACGCCCAGAUACACGAACUCGCCUGGUAAGGUGGGCGUGACUCAGGCCAAGAGUGUGUACGAUGCUGAGGGAGUUUACAGGCGAUACGUGAGCGAAUCGAGCUCUCCAAACUAUAUGGCGAACACGCAGUCAUCGAAGGCGAAGCGGAGGGCUCAAAGUGCCCCGAAACACCUGCCGGAGGUGGCAGGGAUGAGAAAGAGGCAACCUCUGGGUGACCUAAGCAACUCCUGUUUCCAAGCUCAGGUGGUUCUCAACCUCAACAAAGCGGAGCAGGGAAAAGUGGAAGGGAGGGAGGUCUUCUUCUUGCAGCCAAAGUGGUGAAUGCAAUGGAGUCUUCAAGUCAGAAUAAGAGGAAGUAGAGCAAUCUUCUCUCUUUUGAGUGUCGUUCUCCUGUUCAUGGAAUAAUUGUAUGGUGUGAAAAUUUGGGAUGUUUCAUCACCUUGGUUGCUGAUAGCAGCAUCAAAUUUAGGUUGUAGCUUGUCUUCUAAACUGCGUUAGAAAUGUAACAUGCUUGUAAGUCUCAGUG